AUUGCUACGGCUUAUUCCUGAGCAUUUUUUGCGGGGUAUAAAGUGCCUUUAUUCUAUCUCCUGGACCGGCCCGCCAUCGUCCAGCACCUCAGAGGGCGAUGAAGAUUACUCAGCUCCACAUCUACCCCAUUAAGUCCCUUCGGGGCAUCUCCCUCCCCACCGCAACCUUCUGCGCGCAAGGCCUAGCCUACGAUCGACGAUACAUCCUCCUCAAGCCGUCUGCCAAUGGCACCUACAGGAACAUGUUCGUCGGCGAGAUACCGGAGAUGGCCCUCUUCCACUGCAAGCUCUCCACUUUGACCGAGAACCCAUGGAGUCACUUCACAGUCGACUACCAUCCACCAAGUCCUCCCACCUCUGGUCAAAACAGUCCAAUCGAAAUCCCUUUCUCUCCCAAUCUCGACUCCUCCGAGAGGAUCAAUAUCGAAAUACACACAGACCCCACCUAUCCGACCUACCGCAUGCCUGACGAGAUGAACAACUGGUUCAGCGAGUGCUUCGGGUACCCUGUCAUUCUCGCAUACCUUGGUGAUGGGCUCGGCAUAAAUAUGGAGAACGAGAAAGCGAAGAGCUGGAUAACUUCCAUUAAGCCCUUGAUACCCAAGCCAGACUCCGAUAUCAACUUCUCCGAUAGUGCUGCACUACUACUAUCUUCGGAAUCCUCCCUUGAAGAUCUACACCCCCGUCUUGGAGGUGAGAAAGCUGUUCUCGAGAAGUUUCGCCCCAAUAUAGUGGUCGAUGGAGAGGGGAAAGCGUGGGACGAGGAUUUCUGGGGCGAGGUGAAGAUUGUAAGAAAUGGUUUGAAUAUCGUACUCACAUCCAACUGCGCGAGAUGUACGAGCAUCAAUGUGGAUUUGGAUCGCGGAAAAAUGGGAGAAGGCGAAAGCGGAAGCUUGCUAAAGAAGAUGAUGAGAGAUCGACGAAUCGAUCCAGGUCACAAAUGGACUCCCAUCUUUGGGCGGUACGGCUUCCCAACGCAAGGAGGUGAGAUCAGAGUUGGCGACAAAGUGGUUGUCAGUCGGAGAAACAAGGAACAUACUGUCUGGAUGAUGCCUAGGCUGACACAUGUCGACGAAAUCACAGUGUAACAAAAGCCAGCCCAAGCUUACCUCCGAUCCUGCGCCUAAGUUUGCCCUUUUACCACGUAUCUGGAACCCAACAACGGCUGCCCGACAAUCGGCAUAGAAGCCGGGCGGAAGCAACAAAUCAACACAGAACCGCGAGGCUGAGUCUCCCGUGCCGUGGCAAUGCCAGCUGUCACGGCACACUACAUGCCAUCACAUACAUCUGCCGUGUCCCUCUCCAAACUCCCGGAACCAUUUCUGCUCCAGUUCUACUUCAGAUUACCCCAUCCUAUCCACUUUUCUAGCUCAAUUUCUCAAACCGGCAGGUGACACAGCAAUCGCCAACAGCCUUACAAG